UCUUUUUUUCUUCUGAUGUGAGAAUUUGUUUUGUUAUGUUACGAUUCUGCGUUGUUGAUUUUGGAUGAAAAUGUCGACCGCACCGUACGAUUUGGAACAACAGCAGCAACAUCAGAGAAGUGGAGUCGCCGCUUCGUCACCGAGCCCUAGAUCUCCGUCGUCUUCCACGCCCUUCCUCUCCGUCUCCGUUACCGAUCCCGUUAAGCUCGGCAAUGGCGUCCAAGCCUAUAUCUCAUAUCGCGUCAUCACCAAAACGAAUUUUCCAGAGUACCAGGGGCCUGAGAAGAUUGUCAUCCGACGUUACAGUGACUUUGUGUGGUUACGUGAUCGUCUUUUUGAGAAGUAUAAAGGAAUUUUCAUUCCCCCUCUUCCAGAGAAAAGUGCUGUAGAGAAAUUCCGUUUCAGUGCUGAAUUUAUUGAGAUGAGGCGGCAAGCGUUGGACCUAUUUGUAAAUAGGAUAGCAUCACAUCAUGAACUUCAACAAAGUGAGGAUCUGAGGAUGUUUUUGCAGGCAGAAGAAGAGACAAUGGAGAGAUUAAGGGCCCAAGAGACUGGCAUAUUCAAGAAGCCAUCUGAUUUAAUGCAGAUUUUUAAGGACGUGCAAUCUAAAGUGAGUGAUGUUGUCCUUGGGAAAGAGAAGCCAGUGGAAGAAUCAGAUCCUGACUAUGAAAAGCUGAAACACUACAUCUUUGAGCUUGAAAACCACUUGGCUGAAGCUCAAAAGCACGCAUAUCGUCUUGUGAAAAGGCAUCGAGAAUUGGGACAAUCACUGUCAGAUUUUGGGAAAGCAGUAAAACUUCUUGGUGCGUCUGAAGGAAAUUCUCUUGGCAAAGCUUUUUCUGAACUUGGGAUUAAGUCAGAGAUUUUAUCUACUAAGUUACAAAAGGAGGCCCAUCAGAUCUUGAUGAAUUUUGAAGAACCUUUAAAAGAUUAUGUCCGGGCUGUGCAAUCCAUUAAGGCAACAAUAGCAGAGAGGGCCAACUCCUUCCGGAAGCAAUGUCAGCUGGCUGAAACAGUGAAGCUGAAGGAGAUUGAUCUUGAAAGGCAAAGGUUGCAUCGAUCUGAAAAGCUGGCAGAAGCUGAGCGCGAAUAUCAUGAGUUGAAGACAGAGAGCGAACAGGCAACAAAGACAUUCGAGUCAAUCGUGAGAUUAAUGAACGAAGAAAUUGGGCGUUUUCAGGAGCAGAAGACACUAGAUAUGGGGAUUGCUUUCCAUGAAUUCGCCAAAGGUCAAGCACGCCUAGCCAACGACAUUGCUGGUGCAUGGAGAAGUUUGCUUCCUAAACUGGAAGCGUGUUCAGCCGCCUAGAGAAUCAAAUCGCCCAUCACAGAAGUGCAUGUUGUUUUUAACUUGGCAGGCACGCUCUUCGGUCUUCAUUUAACAAACAUAAUGGAUCUUGUGCAAGAGUGAAACUAAUUGCGGCUCCAAUACAUGUUUGAUUCACAUUACUCUAUAAUUGUAGUAUUGUUUCUUGAAUGAUGAUUUUGGCAAAUGUGUUGCUAUUAUUAAUGGUUUAAGCACAAAAUUGACAUACUCCUUUCUUUGUAUCCACUACUACGAAUCUACAGUUGCAGCAAAGUCUUUUCUCUAAAUGAAAUAGAUAGUUCAACGA